AUGUCGGUGAGUUAUUUUUUAUGUACCUUUCGAAGUUUUGGUUAACGUGUCAUUGGAAUGUCUUUGUAGUUUGUUAGAUCCAACUGAAAAGUCGCCCAGUUUCUUCGAUGAUUAAUUAGUUUAAAAGUAUCGAGAAAUUAUGAUAAACAGAACUACGAAGAAACUUUUCAAGAAAUGUUUUCAUAAAAGAACAACAACAGAGGCUUUAUAAAAAAAAAAGUGAGCGCUACCAAAGGAAAUUUUCAUUGGUCUAUUUUUGCAUUUAUUGAAUUCGUUAAAUUCAACUGAAAUAUAGCCGCAUAAUUAUCUCUGACUUUCCAAUAUUUAAUUAUAUUUUUCACUCUCUGCUUUUUUUUUCCUGAAUUCAGUCGAGUUACUUCGAAAACGAGAUAAGUGGCAGAAUACUUUUUUUAUUAACUGCUUUGAGAUGAUUGAGACUUUUUUCAGUACUAUGGAUUCGGUGGAGCCAACGAAGAAGGCGGGUACAAUGCGCGUACGCAUUCGAAGAUAGCGGAAAAAGAAGGAUUUCAUAUGGGUGGAAGCAGUGACGAGCCAAGAACUUUGUGAGUUUUUUUUUUUGAAUACAAUUCAUGUUUUUCUCCUCUUAACAGAUAUGUUGGCAACCUCGAUCCUUCGGUUACCGAAGAUUUCAUCAAUACUUUGUUCGGGCAAAUCGGCGUUGUGACAAAGACGAAAUGUAUUUUUGACGUAAGUUUCUCGAAAAAUGGAUACAACUUUAGUUUCAACUUAAUGAACUUUGCAGAGCAUCUCUUAAGCGUUCGGUUCCUGUAUAAGUACGUAUUUAUCCUUGCGCAUUUGCGCGCUUUCUCUUUUUUUACUUAUUGUUUUCUUUCUCUUGCCAUAUGAGAAUUUUGAAAUUUAACAGGUGUGGUCAGGGUAGCCCGAAUCUACUCGAUGUGCAAGCGUAUUUGGUGAAAGUCCCACUCGCCAAAUUCCACCGCCCUCUAAAAAGUGUAUACUUUAUAACUAGAUUUUUUUUUCUUUUUUCUCCUCUUUGAUUCAAUAAUUACGCAGAGAUCCAAAGUUACUGUGCUCUCAUUAACUGGUAAACUAACUCGAUCACGCGUACACUAUACUUAUUUCAAUUCUCUUAUUUUAGGGCUCCAAUGACCCGUACGCGUUUGUCGAAUUCGCUGAUCACAACCAAGCAGCUGCGGCGUUGCAAACAAUGAAUCGACGUUCACUACUGGAGAAAGUAGUUUUUUCUACCUAUUUGAGAGUUGAUGGCAUACAUUCAGGAAAUGAAGGUCAACUGGGCUGUCGAACCGGGAACUCAGCAAGCGAAAGUGGACACUAGCCGUAAGCUUUCUCUAACUAAAUUAUUGCCAAUUCAAUUUUUCAGGUCAUUUCCACGUUUUCGUCGGCGAUCUUUCUCCGGACGUUGACAACAGCGUUCUCAAAGAAGCCUUUGCGCCUUUUGGAGAAGUUUCCGACGCCAAAGUCAUCAGGGACACGACGACAUUGAAAUCCAAGGGAUAUGGCUUCGUUUCAUAUCCUAAGCGUGAGGUUUUUCUCUGAAUAUGCAUCAAAGUAAAACUAAAUAGAGCUGUUAAGGAAGCUGAGAGGGCUAUCGAGCAAAUGAACGGCCAGUGGCUUGGACGGCGCACUAUCCGAACAAAUUGGGCGACUAGAAAGCCAGGACAAGAGAGCCAAGCCGCUAGCUCCAACGAGAAAUCGUACGACGAAGUCUACAACCAGACAACGAGCGACAAUACUUCGGUGUAUGUCGGAAACAUCACAGGAGGAACCGCUGGCGCCAACAUUGGUUUUUGCUAAAUUGAGAUAACUUCUAAUAAUUCCAUUGUUAUUUUUAGCAGAGGAAGAAAUUCGCAGAGCGUUCGGCCAAUUCGGUCGAAUCCAAGAAGUGCGAGUCUUCAGAGUUCAAGGAUAUGCUUUCGUCAAGUUCGACAGCAAAGAAGCCGCCGCCAAGGCCAUCAUGCAGAUGAACGGAGCUGAUUUGUGCGGAAACGCACUUCGUUGCAGUUGGGGAAAAACUGGCGAUGUUGGCUAUUUCAGUUUAAAAAAUGAAUACGAUCUUUUUUGCAGUUCCAAUCGAAGCAAGGAGGUCAACAACAGGGCGGUGGCUACGGCUAUGGAUACGGUAGCAGCUACGGUAGCGGCGGUGGAAGCAGUGGAGUCGCUGCCAAUGGAUAUGGUUAUGGAGGUGCUUCGGGGGCUUAUCCAACCUCUGGACACGCUGCUGCGAAUCCCGCUGCUGCCGCCGGAGGAGCUGGGGGAGCCGCCAACGCCCAACAACAGUACUGGCAGUACUACGCUCAGUACUACAACAAUCCGCAGCUGAUGCAACAGUGGAGUCAAUACUGGAACCAACAGGGUCAAGGACAAGGUCAAGGUCAAAACGGUGGAAGCAGCGCUCGUUAA